CUUCAAGAAAACGGCCAACAGAUUUUUGCAUUUGCAUUGCAUUUUGCAACAUGGAGAAAUUUAUCCAAAGAGAUGGCAAAAAAGCAGCGAACCAAAAAAAAUCGCAGGACAUGGAUUAUCUCCGUUAGACGAGUGUGCUGCCAAAUAUUUGUGUAUCCCGGCAACUUCAGUGGAAUCAGAAAGAUGUUUCAGCACAACAGGUCAAAUAAUCACUGAACGACGAUCUCGCCUAAAGCCGGCAAAUGUAGAUAAGCUAACAUUUCUACACAAAAACAUUAAGAACUAUUCCAU